ACCUAAACAAAACAAUACCAAAACCCCUAACAAACCCCCACCCAUGGCCAUGGCGGACUCUAUUCUCCCUUCCCUUUUUCACACUUUUUCGCUGCUCUUCUGUAAAACCUUACUUUUAUUCAUAUCGAACAAGAAAUAUCCCAUUCACAGCUUUAUAACUGUGCUUCUUGAUCUUAUCCUCUAGUUUUUGAUCCUCGCUUCCUCCCAUGGGCGCUGAAGAUUUCAUUCUAUGUUGGUGCCCUAAAACCUUGAUUGAUUCUCAUAAUUUUUCCAGUAGGAAAUCGAUUUCUGUGGAUUAUCGAUAAUUUUCUUUCUGGAUUUUCGCCGAUUUUCCAUCUAGUUAAUGCAGUAUUUGAAUAUCCCUUAAUUUGAUGGGCGGUUAUGUUUCUUCAACUUGAGGAAAUCCCUAGAACAUGCUCUCUCUCCGGCCCAUUCGCAGGUUUUGCCAUGCCGCCGCCCCCGCCUCCGCCUCGGCAGCGUUGAAAGAUUGUUCCUCAGCCGUGUCGAACAAGGUUUUCAAUCCCAAGGAAUUGGAAGAACCCGCCCUUGUUAAGCUCAAAGCCGAGAGAGACCCCGACAAGCUAUUCCACCUGUUCAAGGCAAAUGCCCACAACCGAAUUGUCGUCGAAAACCGCUUUGCUUUUGAAGACACGGUGGCUCGCUUAGCCGGGGCCCAGCGGUUCGACUACAUCGAGCAUUUGCUGGAACAUCAGAAGACUCUGCCGCAGGGCCGGCGCGAAGGGUUCAUUGUCAGGAUCAUAAUGCUAUAUGGUAAGGCUGGUAUGACCGAAAAUGCGAUCCGUACUUUUUAUGAUAUGCAUUUGUAUGGUUGUAGAAGGACUGUUAAAUCUUUCAAUGCUGCGCUUAGGGUCUUGACGCAGUUGCGCGAUUUGCGAGCUAUUGAGGAUUUUGUUAGAGAGGUUCCAUCCAAGUUUGACAUUCAGUUGGAUAUAUUUUCGGUUAAUAUUGUUGUUAAGGCUUUUUGUGACAUGGGUGAUUUGGAUAAGGCGUAUCUGAUCAUGGUUGAGAUGGGAAAGAUGGGGAUAUCCCCAGAUGUGAUCACAUAUACGACACUUAUGUCGGCGUUUUAUAAGCAUAAUCGAUAUGAGAUUGGGAAUGGUUUGUGGAACCUUAUGGUGCUAAGAGGGUGUUUGCCAAAUCUCGCGACAUUCAAUGUUAGGAUUCAGUAUCUUGUUUGUAAGAGACGAGCGUGGGAAGCUAAUAGAGUGAUGAGCUUGAUGCGAACCCUUGGUAUUGCACCUGAUGAGGUUACAUUCAAUUUGGUGAUCAAAGGGUUUUGCCAGGCAGAGUACUUUGAUAUGGCGAAAAGGGCCUACUCUGCUUUCCGUUCCAGGGGGUAUAAACCUAACGCCAAAAUUUACCAGACCAUGAUUCAUUAUCUUUGUAAAGAAGGGGAUUUUGGUGUGGCUUAUACCAUGUGCAAAGACAGCAUGCAAAAGAACUGGUUUCCAAGUGUUGACACUAUUUAUGAAUUGCUUGAAGGCCUUAAGAAGAGUGGGAAGCUUGGUAAGGCUGAGGCAAUUAUGACAUUGGCUCGGAAAAGGGUGCCUCCUUAUCCUCGAGAUAAAUUGGCUGCUCUUGAAUCCAUAUUGUCCAAGCGUUGAAUUAAAGAUGAGAGACUCUAGGAGAAAAUUGGUUAUCUAAUGUAACUGGGAGGCUCAACUGGAGCCGGUGGUUAUUUGAUCAUAGUUAGUUUCUAGUAUCAAUGUUUUGUUCUGUUUCAGCUUGAUGGUCAAGAACAGAAGGGUCAAUGGAAUUACUACAAAGUCAUCCUUUUCUGGCAUCAAGAAAAUUUGGAUACAGAGACAUCAUUUUUUGUCGUCUUAUCAAUUCAACACGCUGUUGAGGAAUAUCGUUGGCUUGGACGAUUCUUUGGCAAGAAGGCAGCAAGCUGGAGAGUCGCACGAUUGUUGUUACCAUAUGCCAACAAGAAAUUGAUGAAAAUGUCGCAUGAAGCCAAGUCGCGAGAUUAUGAGGCUCCGGAGCUUGUCUUUCCUGUCCCUUAUCAAAUGCUGUAUUUCUCCACAUAUCGUGUUGAAGCUCUUUGUAAGGCAGCUCUUCGCUUGUUGCUGCAGUUUCAAACGGUUAAGUCCAGAAGCAGCAUUUACUAGAUUCAGACUGGAUA